AUGGAGAGACAGAAACUAGACAACAAACCUAGAGAAGACGGAAUGGAGAGACAGAAACUAGAGGACAAACCUAGAGAGUCCGGAAUGAAGAGACAGAAACUAGAGGACAAACCUAAAGAGGACGGAAUGGAGAGACAGAAACUAGAGGACAAACCUAGAGAGGAAGGAAUGGAGGGACAGAAACUAGAGGACAAACCUAGAGAGUACGGAAUGGAGGGACAGAAACUAGACGACAAACCUAGAGAGUACGGAAUGGAGGGACAGAAACUAGACAACAAACCUAGAGAGUACGGAAUGGAGGGACAGAAACUAGAGGACAAACCUAGAGAGUACGGAAUGGAGAGACAGAAACUAGAGGACAAACCUAGAGAGUACGGAAUGGAGGGACAGAAACUAGACAACAAACCUAGAGAGUACGGAAUGGAGGGACAGAAACUAGAGGACAAACCUAGAGAGUAA